CCUAAUGGAUGGCAAAAGAAGGAUUUAUAUGAAAUGUCUUAUGAACACUCCUUAUGCCCUAAUGUUAUUGUCAAUUUAAAAUGUUUAAAAGUAACAACAAAGUUUCUUGCAAUAUAUGGCAGUGUCAAUCAAGAAUGUAACACAAGUAAUGGGCAAUAUAAUAUGCAUAUUCAGUUAGAAGAUUAUAUUAUUCUUACGCCAGAUUCUAGAACACCAAAAUAUAAGAAUUUACCAGAACUUUCAUAUUGUUUUAAAAAUGAAGUUGGCUAUCCAUUAUUGAUAGAAUCUCAAGAAAUAUCUAAGAUUAGACCAAUUUGGGGAUUCUCUUCUUUACCGACGGACAUUAAAUUACAUAUCAUGUCGUUCCUGGAUGCGCCGUCUCUGUUAAAAAUGUCCUCCGUAAAUGUGGAAUUAAACGAGCUGGCAGAUCUUCCGAAUUUUUGGAAAAGUCUUUUACGGCAAGAUUUUCCUUUUGUUAAUCUGUCUGACGUGGAGAAUUAUAAGCAGAAAUACAAAGAAGAAUUCGAAAAUAAAAAAGCCAUAAGGAAACAGAUGCAGCGCUAUGUCACGCCAGAAUUAAUACCGUAUCCGGUUCAGCCCAUACCAUUACCGGGACCGGGUCCGUUCUGGGAAGAACCCGGCGAAAUUUCACGCUUAAGAUUCAGAGUGCCACCGGAAGUGGAGAACGCAUUCCCGCAGCUGACCAUCCACAGGCGCAACAGUUCUUCGGCUCUGCUCCGACAGUUUCGCCCCAGAUUUUUAUAGAGAAACGAAGAUGGCCUUAAAAAAGUGAAUUAGUUUUUUUGCUCAACAAUCAUCCGUUGCUAGUUGAAAAAUUUAUUUUUGUAUAUAUUUACAAAUAUUGUGCUGUGAUAAUUUAAAUUCUUAGAAUGCAGACGGGCUGGUUUUAUUUGACGGUCAUUUUCGUUUUAUCAAAUUAUCCAUUUCGAAAUUAUAAUAAAACGUCAAGUAAAACUUUUUUUUCUUAUAGAAAAUAAAUUGUACAGACAUCUUGUUAA